AUGACUUCUUACAAGACGCACGCAAGCGACGCCGUUAACUAUAUUACUUCUCAUCCUACACAAGGCAUACUCUGUCUUGUUUCCUUUGUCGUUCUAAUAAACAUCAUCCAAUGGAUACGCCAAGUUUUCAGAUCAGACCUAUGGCGAAUUCCUGGUCCACUGCCUGCACGGUUCACGAGUCUCUAUAGACCUUUGAAGCUAUAUACAGGAAAUGCCCACGAGGUCUACCACCAACUGCACCUAAAAUAUGGCCCAAUUGUUCGAACUGGCCCAAACGUUGUAUCCAUCUCAGAUCCCAGCGCUAUUGCUCUGAUCUACUCCAUCGGAAGCAAGUUUCUCAAGUCGUCCUUCUAUGAUGUCUUCACUCCAAUUUACAAGGACAGCCCUAUGCCUAGCAUGUUUUCCGUCAGAGAGCCUGCGCAUCAUCAAGCUCUUCGUCGCCCAGUUGCUCAAAAAUUCUCCAUGUCGUCUAUUAAAGCCAUGGAAGUCUUUGCCGAUGAAUGCUGUGAUAUUUUCAUGUCGUCUAUGAAAGAGUUACAGGGCACAGAUGUCGACCUUGGUGAGUGGCUUCAGUGGUACGCCUUUGAUGUCAUCUCCGCCAUCACUUUUCACCGUCGUUUCGGUUUUAUGGAGCAGAGGAAAGAUGUGGAACUCAUGAUCGGUGACAUCAGUUCCGCUCUGGAAAUUGGGAUCAUGAUCGGUCAGGUCCCUUCUCUCUAUCCGUGGACAACGGGGAAUAACACCCUUGCCAAGUUUCUGGCGUGGCAACCGUUUGUCCAUGUCCCAGAUCCUUGUCGAACCGUAGUCAAGUUUGCCGAACAUUGCAUAGCAGAAUACGACAAGAAUCCUCCAGAGCAAGAUCGACCAGACCUUCUCGGCUGGCUGAGACAAGAAAAUGCAAAAGGGGAGAAAAUGUCGCAUAGAGACUUGGUAAAUCAUCUGUCGAAUAAUCUAUUCGCAGGCAGUGAUACAACAGCCAUAUCGUUACGGGCGUGUAUUUACUACUUGAUCAAAAACCCCGCUUGUUUUGCCAAGGCUCAAGCCGAGGUAGACCAGGCAGACCAGGAGGGUAAAUUGUCGGACCACGUUAGCUAUGCUGAAUGUCUCCAACUGCCUUACCUCCAAGCAGUGAUGAAGGAGGCCAUGAGAUGCUGUCCUGGUGUCUCAUACCCCCUAGAACGUGUCGUUCCAGCUGGAGGGGCACAACUCUGCGGCGUCCAUAUACAAGAAGGUACUGUCGUUGGAAUCAACCCAGUAGUGAUCCAUCGCGAUCCAUCUAUAUUUGGCCCAGAUGCGCAAGAGUUCAAUCCAGAACGCUGGCUAGGCUCUGACACAGAGAACAUCAAGAAUAUGGACCGACAUCUUAUGACGUUCGGCUACGGCUCACGUACAUGCAUUGGAAAGAACAUCUCUAUUAUGGAAAUGGGUAAGCUAAUCCCAGCUAUUUUGCGUAACUUUGAUCUCGAAUGGGCGAGCAAAGACCGCGAGUGGGUUAUUAAGAACUAUUGGUUUGCACGCCAGGAAGGUCUAAUUUGUAGACUUACGUGGCGAAAGGGCUUAUAA